UGAACAGAACUGACUGAGUGGAGUGCAUGGGAUGGGGUGUUGUUCCACUCUGCAGACCAGUUAGUUAUUCAUUGCUGAGGCCAUCUUAUCUAGUAGCUCCUUUGAAAGCCAACACUGUAGUAAAACCCAAAGCGUGUUCUAUCUUUGAGGGGAAUUGCUCCUUCUGUGACGUUUCCCGUGUGUACCAAGAAUGGUCCACUACCCAAAGGACAUCCAGCCAACUUGACACAACUGUGGGAAGCAUUGGAGUCAACAUGGACCAGCAUCCCUGGGGAACGCUUUCAUCAACUUGUAGAGAAAGAAAAGUUCCUGGAUUAGUGGAGAAUUAAUACAAAGGAGAGACGCCACUUCAGCUACGGUCGGAGACAAGGGAAUCGAGAGAGCAACGGGGCGACGACGCACGCGAGCCGCUGUUACUGAAACAUACCGGUGUCCAGAAGAAGACGAGCAGCAGCACGGACAUAGACUACAUCUUCACGGAAGAGAAAGAGGUCCCUCUGCUUGAAAGCGCUCCUGACUGAAGCAUGGCGGAAAAGCAGUUUCAGGGGAUUCUGGAAAGGUGUGAAUGAAGAACUCAGGAGUGGAAACGAGAGAACCACUGGGCACUAUCAAACCAUGUCAGAGUCCAACAGCAAUGCAGCCUGUUCAGCUGACCAGAAUGGAGCUGUUCCAGGGGAACCCGUGAAGACAGAUAAGAACUCCAGGAGAGGGAACUGGGGGAACCAGAUAGAGUUUAUCCUCACCAGCGUGGGCUAUGCCGUGGGCCUGGGAAACGUAUGGAGGUUCCCCUACCUCUGCUACAGAAAUGGAGGAGGAGCCUUCAUGUUCCCCUACUUCAUCAUGCUGGUGUUCUGUGGGAUCCCUCUGUUCUUCCUGGAGCUCUCCUUCGGACAGUUUGCCAGCCAGGGAUGCCUGGGGGUCUGGAGGAUCAGUCCCAUGUUCAAAGGUGUGGGCUACGGGAUGAUGGUGGUGUCCACCUACAUCGGUAUCUACUACAACGUGGUGAUCUGCAUCGCCUUCUACUAUUUCUUCUCCUCCAUGACCAACCUGCUGCCGUGGACCUACUGCAACAACCCCUGGAACACGCCCACCUGCAACGGCGUGGUGACGCCCACGGGCAUCAACAACACCCUGGCCAAUGUCACCCGCAGCCUGGUCACCGGGGCCGCUGAGGUCGCCGUGGAGGUGGUCAAUAAGACCAAGAGGACCAGCCCCAGCGAGGAGUACUGGAAACACUAUGUGCUGAAGAUCUCAGACGACAUCGGGAAUUUCGGGGAAGUCCGUCUCCCUAUUCUGGGAUGUCUGGCCGUGUCCUGGGUGGUGGUCUUCCUCUGUCUCAUCAGAGGAGUCAAGUCUUCAGGAAAGGUGGUGUACUUCACAGCUACGUUCCCCUACGUGGUGCUGACCAUCCUGUUCAUCAGAGGCAUCACCCUGGAGGGAGCUGUCACCGGCAUCAAGUACUAUCUAACCCCACAGUGGCAUAAGAUCCUUGACGCUAAGGUGUGGGGAGACGCUGCCUCUCAGAUCUUCUACUCUCUGGGCUGUGCAUGGGGAGGGCUCAUCACUAUGGCCUCCUACAACAAGUUCCACAACAACUGCUACAGGGACAGCAUCAUCAUCAGCAUCACCAACUGUGCAACCAGCGUGUAUGCAGGCUUCGUCAUCUUCUCCAUCCUAGGCUUCAUGGCCCACCACCUGAACGUGGAUGUAUCUGAGGUGGCCGACCACGGCCCCGGCCUGGCCUUCGUGGCCUACCCAGAGGCCCUCACUCUGCUGCCCAUCUCCCCCCUCUGGUCCCUGCUCUUCUUCUUCAUGCUCAUCCUGCUGGGCCUGGGGACGCAGUUCUGCCUGCUGGAGACCCUGGUAACGGCCAUCGUGGAUGAGAUCGGUACUGACUGGAUCAUUAGGAACAAAACGGUGGUCACAGGGGGAGUGGCUAUAGUGGGCUUCCUGUUGGGGGUGCCGCUCACCACACAGGCUGGGAUCUACUGGCUACUGCUCAUGGAUAACUACGCUGCUAGUUUCUCUCUGGUUAUCAUCUCCUGCAUCAUGUGCAUCUGCAUCAUGUACGUCUAUGGACACAAGAAAUACUUCAAGGACGUUGAGAUGAUGCUGGGCUUCCCCCCUCCCAUCUUCUUCCGCGUCUGCUGGAGAUUUGUAUCACCCAUCAUCAUAUCUUUCAUCUUGAUCUUCACAGUGAUCCAGUACAAGCCCAUCACUUACAAUGACUACGUGUACCCCGGCUGGUCCCUAGCCAUCGGCUUCCUUAUGGCCAUGUCCUCCGUCACAUGUAUACCCAUCUAUGCUCUCUACAAGAUCUCCAAGUCUGAGGGAACAACAUUUUUGGAGCGGUUGAAGAAUUCCUGCAAGGCGGACAUAAAGUGGGGCCCGGCCCUGAGUGAGCACCGGAUAGGCCACUAUGCCACCCCAGUCUCAGAGGCAGAAGUGGAGGCGCGUCCCCUGAAAGAGGAGCUGAAGGAGAAGGAGGAUGAGAAGAGGGAUGAGAUCAGCCUCACCAUCCAGGGCAGCAACGGCUCCACAGCACACAACACUACCCCCAGCGCAUAGAGGCCCCCCCUGGGCCAGCUCCAGCCCCCUCCCAACCACCCCUCACCCGUUCCCACCGCACUGUGGGGAAAACCCGCUCGCUGGAGACCUUUACAUAUUGUAAGGGCUUAUUAUUUCUAACCUCUAGAGAAAUUGGUCAUCAUCCAAAAGAAUUUUAUUUCUUGUUUCAACAUCAUUUCACAAUGCAGUUUCUUGUAAACACGUUAUUUGUUUUCUUCUUCAUAUUAUGCAGGAGUUGAAGUAGAGAUGCACACUGUAAAGAAAUCCACUCGGAAUUGGCAACUUUUCUAGCGACAGUGCUGGCGGUUUUAAAGCUGGAGACCAAAUGUUCUUUUGGUCAGUGUAGACACAUGGCACCACUAGGGACUGAUCCUUCCCUUCUGUUGUUUUCUCUACGGUAUAGCUUUAGGCUCUCAGUACCCUCUAAUACAUGAUAGUCUCCACUACUCAGACUGUUACGUAUGCUGCUUUAGGGUUACCCAGAACAACUCAUAUUGGAGUAAGCCAGUGGCUAUUUAGCUACUCCGAAAUAUUUUAUUUGAACAACACAUUAAAGCCAUUUUACUUCCAAUGUUGUAAACAACUAACAUACAUUACAGCACCAACUCCCCAAACACACACAGUGUUGGUCUCCAGCUUUCUGAACACCUACCCUGACUGACGCCCAUGAUUUCCCCAUGCCCAUUCUCAGGGUCCCAAAAUGAUUUACUACUUACUGACCAAGUUCAAUACCCGAGUACAUUUUAUUUGAUUAUGGUAGGCUUUACAUAAAAGAGGGAGCUAAGAAAAAGACAACCAUAACAUGUUCACACACAAAAACAAAUGGGUGGAUGGAUGCAACUGAGUACAAUAAAGUGCCAUCUCUCUUUUAGUCUUCCAGGUAUUUCCGUGGGAAAUGCAUCUCAAGAUGUGGCAUCUCACUUGUGAAGGGAACGUUUAAUUGACGACAGAAGCAGCUACAGAUGUAGGCUCUUAAUUUGACCCGUUUUUUUUAACACCAGGAAAAUAAUCAUGCCACAACAGAGUGAUCAAAUGAAGGUCCUACAUCUGUAGCAUAACAAGGAGGGAGGACACAGUGGUGUUGCGUCAUAGCCUCUGUUACUCACAAGUAGGAUUUGCUCCAACAAGGCAUGGUUACCAAAAACAUGUUAAACAUGCAUGAACUUUAAUAUCUCGGUGGCAUAGCUGGAGUAUGUGUCUUUGUUAACUUUUUCAAAACUGAGAGACUUGCAUCAGCAGGUGUCUUUGCAGAGGAAAAUAUGUGUAUUUACAGGCGUUUUAAAGCUCUGAGCCAAGUAGUGAUGUGAUUGGAUGUGGUAACAGGAAGGAGAGAAGCCAUCGGUUGGCCUGGAGAUGGAGUUUGUCUCCACAAGAUAAAAAAAUAUAUAUAAUCAGUUACUGAAUUAUGUAGUUUAUAUGUAGUUGUAUCGUUCUGUCAAUAGAAUUAUCUUAUUUUAUCUUUCAUUAUUGUAAAGUAACAUAGUAAAUAAUUAUAAGGAAGACAUGUUUAUUUUGUAAAGAAGCUACAGUAUCUUAAGAAAUAACAGUAAUGUUUACCAUUCCUCAUCCAUGACUUGAUUUUUAUUGGUAAUUGAUUUAUUUUAGGGGGUUGGAGUGGGAGGGAGAUGUAUUUCAGUCACUUUGUGGCAGGAUGCUGUGGGGUUGUGCUCGCACAGAUAGCUGGAAUUGACAAUUGUCAAGAAGUCCCAAUUCUCUAUCCAAUUCAAUGCAUUCGUCUCUGCUCUGUUACGUUGCAUCUGUGUUGUAUUGAGGCAGAGACCUGUCUGGUAACAUUGUGAAUCCACUGGGUCCUUGCCUGGCCUGCACUGAUGGAGAGAGGUAGUCUGGAAAUGCAGCUGCUUAAGUGCUAGAGCAUCGCAUCUUAGUGAAACUUCAGAUGUUUUAUUUCUUCUUUAACCAGUACAUCACUGAAUAUAAUAUUCAACAUCUUUGUCAGACUGCAUAAAUCCAGUUUCUGCUGUCGAAUAUAUGACUGAGUUGUUCUCCUUCCAUUUUACUUCAGUUUCUCUGUGUUAAAAGUGUCAUGACAGUUAGUUAUCCAGACACUCAGGGGAGUAGGUAGUUACUUAGUGGUGAAAGUAUUUGGUUAUUUGGUUCCGAUUGGCCUCUUAUUGCCUAUGUAGGGCACUAGGGCUCUGGUCAAAAGUAGUGCACUAUAAAGGGAAUAGGGUGCCAUUUGGGACGUACCGAAACUCGUUGGUUAUUUGAACUAACACAAAAAGCACACCAGUAGGUUAGAUGCAGCCCAACAGACUCAAGCUUUACUUCAGAUGACAACAGACUAGUGUGUUCUCCUUUGAUGCUGACAGAAGCACAGUACGGCCACACCAAUCAACCUGUUCUAAAGCAGAGUAGGAGUGGCCCUGGAAUAGCACAGGAUAUUAAUAAUGAUGAUGGUUUUAACUGAUGUGUUCUAUACACUGUGGAUACAUAUCAUUUUGGUAAUAAGGAGUUUACAGCAGGUGUAAAUGGUUGAGCUAAAGUGGGUUAGUAUAUAAUGGCCCCGAUGACAGGAUUUGAUAACAGAAUGAAAUGGUGUAUGAUUAUUCUAGACAUGCCGGCUCAGGUCAGGUUGCCUCUGGAUGCUUCCAGGGAGUCCUCUAGGACUUUUAUUUCUUCUUUCUCCUGUUACUGUUAAACUGUUGACUUGUAGUCCUCUUAUUUAUUAGCUACAGUAGCUAGUAAGUUAAGGAUAACCACCAUGCUAUUGCAACCGUUUGGUCUCUGCUGUCCACCGAACUCUUCCUCUAUCAGAUACUUGUACAGUCGUGUAAAAACUGGUGUUUGUGUGUUUAUUUGUUUUUAUUUGGGGGUAGGCAGGAUUUUUUUCUUGUAGUAAAAGUAGCCGAUGUUAAGUGUAAUAUGUAUUUGUGUGUAGUCGAUACCUUACUACUGAGGACUGUUCUUAGGUCAGGAUAGUGUCAGUAUUGAUGUCAUGUAAUUCUAAUCAAUCAGUAACUAUCAAUUUUGUCAUGUAACAAAACACAAUCUACCUUUUAAGAGAUCUUUUGUUUGUUUUUUACUAAAAAAUAUAUAUAUUUUAUUGUCACAAGUGAAUCAUCCAUGUUCAGUGACACUACCUUUAUCGUGUUCUAAAAGCCAGCUGAUAUCAAAAGUAUUGCCAAACAAAAGCUUGGGUUGAAACUUGAAAUUUGCAUUUUACAGUAUGUUCUGUUGGAGGUACAUGACGGUUGGGGAAAGUAUAUAAUAACAGUAUUAAUCCAUUUUACAUAGUAAUAAUGCCAAUAGUAUUAAGCCAACACCGUGGUACUAUACUGCAGCGACAUCCGGUUACAAUGUAGUGACUGUUCUGUAAAUUCCGUUGUGUAAAGAGACUGGCCUUUUCAAUUUGAUGGGGUAUUUCACAUGUGCAUAUAAGGCAAACAAAAGAUUACAGAAAUCAAACGCCAAAAUCGGUAACAUUAUAACUGCAAUAAAUAUGACAUUAGAUCAAAAGAUCAAUGUAUUGGGGAAGUGUUUUAGAAUGUAAACUAAUUGGACAAUAAGGAAUGGGUUCAACCAAAUGUCUCAUAUCCAGAGUAAGAAUCUUAUCUUAUUCUUCCCUUUUUGCACUGGGAUUAUUAUUUGAUGAACUUGGCAUCUGGUGAGAUCUUUCCUUCAAAAUUAAUAUAAGCAGGUAGUGAAAAAUGUACACUCAAGGACACAUUAGAUGAAUAUUCAUAUUUUUUGGACAUUUGUUAUUCAUCUCAUUUAGAAAUCGUUGUUGUAAGUCAUCUAUAUAUGGGAUGUAAGAAAUGAAUACGUUACCAGUUCUGAAAACUGAUACUCGGCCUCUGCUGUACUAAAACUGUGAUUUAUCUACUCUGGUUUUCUACGAUCACCGAGGAGAUCUCUUGAAUUUCUAACUCAUAAACAUGUUUUUACACGUUUUUUUUUUCAGCACUUUAAAUCAAGUCAUUUGUGUUUAUAACAUAUUUAACAAUACAAAGUUCCAUAUUGAAAUAAGGCCUUUACAGUGGUCUGCACAAGCUGCUGUGUCAACAUGUCAGCAGAGAAGACACAAUGUUAUGCCGAUGUCAAUUCUAUCACAGUGGAGAAUAAAGCACAAAUGAAAUGAACACAGUACUGGUACUUUCUCAUAUAUAUCUAACCAUGUCUCUUGAACCUUAGGGCCAAAAUCCAUUGAAUUGUCUUAGUCAUGUCAGCUGUAUAUCGUAAACUGUGCCAUUACAAAUGGUAAAUAAAAUCUAUUUUAAAGAUCA